AUGGCUGGAGCAAUAGCAGUUUCAAUUGCUAUCAUAACAACUUUCUCUAUUUUUCUCCAAGGAGUGAAUGUGAAGGCAGCAACGUUCGAGAUCACAAACGCGUGCCCCUACACGGUCUGGGCAGCGAAUAGUUCAGGUGGGAAACAACUGGACCAAGGGCAGACCUGGACCUUCGAUGUCGCGGCCGGAACAACACAGGGCAGAGUAUGGGCACGCACGGGCUGUUCUUUCAACGCAAGCGGUCGGGGUAGCUGCCAAACGGGCGACUGCAAUGGCAUGCUCAGCUGCCAAGGCUACGGCCAGAUGCCUGCGACACUGGCUGAAUAUGCGCUCAACCAAUAUAUGAAUCUUGACUUCUACGACAUCUCUCUCGUCGACGGCUUCAAUGUGCCUCUUUCCAUGACUCCCACUUCAAUGGACCCUAAUUGCAAAGGCAGAAUUGCAUGCCUGAGCGACAUUAAUUCGCAGUGCCCCAGCGACCUCAAGGUGACUGGUGGGUGCAAAAGCACCUGCGACAGAUAUAAUACGUCUGAAUACUGCUGCACUGGAGCCUCUGAAAACACCUGCGGACCCACCGAUUACUCCAAGUUUUUCAAGGGACAAUGCCCCCAGGCUUACAGCUACGCCAAGGAUGAUGCAGCCAGCACCUUUACUUGCCCUAGCGGAACCAAUUACAAAGUCGUCUUCUGCGAUGAAGCUGUUUCCCUUCCCGGUAUCUAUUUAUAUAUAACUAUAAAUAUAAAGGAAUAGGAUUCUUUGCGCUGCGCAUCAUACGUUUGAGCUCUGUAUUAAAGAUCUAGAAGAAAUUUAUAUAAGGAAAGAUUGUAAUUAAAUUGGCGAGAAUGAUAAUGUAAUUUUGUGUUAAUAAUUAGUGUUCAAAUGUU